AUGACUUGUCAAUUCCCUAAAGGUGACUUUUACAUAAAGUCUGCCGCUUCACCUUCCACCUCCAUCAGCUCUAUUAAAAAUUUAGUAGUUGAUGUUAAAGAUGGAACCAAAGCUAUUGUCGCUCAGCAGAAAAGUAAUGAUGAAGGUUAUCAGCUUUGGUACUAUAAAAAUGGCCAGAUAAUUAAUAAAUUUUCAGCUUCAUGUCUGGAAGCUGAGUCAGCAUAUUUAUAUUUACAAUCACUUAUAGUAGAUGUAGGAAGUCGUAUCCAUUUGAAAAGUCCUAUUCAGACUAGUAACCAGCGAUGGAUCAUUAGUAAUGAUGGACAUAUUGCAUUACAAAAUAAACCAAGGUUUGUGAUUGAAGUUAAAGCGACUAACGUGAAAGAUGGAUCAUAUGUUGCGCUUGCUGACACCGGAUCGAAAACCUAUAAGAAUAUUAUCGCUCAAACUAAAGUCGUAGAUUCUAACCUGAAUCCAGUGUGGAAUGAAGUUCAUUAUUUACCUGUUAAACAUAUUGGUGAGAAAUUCAUGUUAGAAGUGAUGGAUUUUAAUACUUUUAUAAAAGAUAGACCGCUUGGAAAUUGCCACUUGGAAAUUACCGACGAACUCGUCAGAGAAGUUUCAAGUGAUGUUUAUGAAGGUCAAAUUCAUUACAAAGUGAAAUUCUUCCCCUUAGAACCUCUUCCAAAACCUACUUCUGAUUUUUUUACCAAUAUUAAAAAGAAACCUUUUGAUCAUUCAACAUUUUGCGUUCUUGUCACAUUACAAGCUCCAAAUGGUGGUUUUCCUCCUUCUGUUGCAUUAGCCAAUCUAUUUGGUCAUGAUUCACAUGAAUCUCUUUCAAAAUUAUAUUUUAAAUUAUAUAAAUCUCAAUGCCGUGAAGAGCAUAUUUUAAAGACUAAUCCUACCGAUUACAGAAGUGACUGGGGUGGUGUUUAUGAACGUGCCGAAAUAUACAUUAGCAAAGCAGUUAACGAUUUAGAAAUUGAAGAAACUGUGGUUGCUACUGGCAGAAAAGCUGUCUAUCUUAAUACUAACCGACUUACACGAGAAACUAUCUCAAUCACACAUAUUAAACGUCUUCUUAAAUGUCAGAAAAGUACUGGUGAAUAUCAAGUUAACGAUGAUCUUGCCAAAUCCCUUGGUUAUGAAAAUCUCAAUAAACUUCGUAUAGCAUUCAAUGAAUAUAAAGAUAAAAAAUCCAAAUCAUCAAAAAUCUCUCAAGUUAGUUUCCAAAUAUGGAUGACAAUGCUUAUGCUUUAUUUCUAUCGUUACAUUGCUAUUGAUCAAAGGAAAGAAUGGUUUCCAACAUAUGAAAAGUCUUAUAGAUGGAUAUGGAAUUAUUUAAAGGGUAACGAAUCCCUUGAGCAAGAAUGUUUUAACAUUGUUAAAUCAUUUGUCAAGGAAUCCUAUGAUGUAAUGGAUGAUGUUUUGGAAUCAGAUUGUACUUUCGAAUGUGAAAUUGCUGAAAUGAUAGACUCUAUCAAAUAUCCACAAAAAUGGCGAGGAAUCGUUCAAAAACCUUAUGGUAUCGCACGUAUUGAAAUUAUUUGCGCCAAAAAUCUUAAGCAAGCCGAUUCGUGGUCUGGUAGUAGUGCUUCCGAUCCUUUUGUUAGAAUAUCAAACAUUGUCACAAUGUUUUAUAUUCCAGUUUAUGAUGUUAAUGAAAAGGUCAAUUUACAAGUUCUCGAUUACAAUGCUUUCUUUAAAGAUACACUUUUGGGAUUCUACAUUCUUGAUUUCAAAUCUAUAAUUAAAGAGCUUCCUAAUGGUUCUUUGGAAGGAAAGCAAUUAAAAAUGGAUGCUAAUCUCACUUAUAAAGGGGUUAACAGAGGCCAAUUGUCAUUUAUUGCUGAAUUCUUUUCACUCCCUGACUUGGAAUUGGAUUUAGAGGUUAUUAGCACAUCUUCUAUUUCGAUUCGACACUUAUAUCUCCUAAUGACUUAUCAAAGUCAAUAUGGAUGCUUUGAACUUACUGACGCAUUAGCAAGACUAUUCAACUAUGGCUCUAAAGAAGAGCUUGCUACUGCCUUUUCUGAUUAUGUACAAAAGGAUGGUGCAGUUCGUAGUUUGGAUCACCAAAUUUGGGGUACAGUGUUUGUCACAUCUUUCCUCAAAGUACUAUUGUGGAAAAAGACCGAUGCUGAAGUCGAAGAGCGUCUUUAUAAUUAUUCAAACAAAUUUGUUAUUCAACGCUUUAAAGUUACUCAAUGGAUAGACGAAAAUCAACAAAUAAGUCUGGGGGUCCUUGUUGAUAUCCGUAUUGUUCGUCAGUUCAUCUCUUACCAGCAUGAAUCUGGUUGCUUCGAGCUCACCCCUCAAUUGGCUGAGGCUUUGGGCUUCAGUUCAGUUGAUGAAGCAAAAAAACAUAUUGAAACUCAUUUUUCUUCCUACUCACCAAGAACUGCUCAAUUUGAUGCUAACGUUUGGAGUACUGCUAUUUUGAUUUGGUUUAUUCGAUAUGUAUUAGUUGAUUACAGAAAUGAGUGGGCAGGCAUAUACCAAAAGGCUUAUGAUUGGCUUUGUCAACAAGUAAAAGAUCAGGAAGUACGAGACGAACUUCUUGAAGCCGCUAGAAUCUUUGUUGUUAAAAGAUUCGAAGUUGAACAGGAUGCUAUAGAGGAAGACGAGUCAUUCAAGGAUUCUCUUGAAGCUAAGGAUAGAUAUCAUGAUCGAGAAGUUAGUGAGAUUGUAGACGAAGAACCGCAUGACUUCAUGAUCCCUAGUAAUGAUGUUGUUGGAAUAAUUAGGAUCUGUGUUAAAAGUGCUCAAGAUCUCAAAAAAUCAGAUUCUUGGUUUACCUUUUCUGAUCCUGAUCCGUACGUCCGCAUUAUGAAUGCUGCUGGAACUAAAAUAGUUCGUACUUGUGUUAGUCAUGGAACUGCUAAUCCAAAAUGGGAUGAAAUUCAUUUUGUUUCUGUUCACGGUUCGGGCGAAAAAAUUUCGUUUGAAAUAUUUGACGAAAAUCUUUUUAUAUCAGACAAACCUCUCGGCACUUAUGUCUUGGAUACUAAUACGUUAAUGAAAAAUGAAGACCAUACUAAACCUAUUAAUGAGUGGUUCCCACUUAAAAUUGGCAAUAAGCCAGUUAAAGGACAUUUAAACUUGGAAGUUCGAUUUAUCCCCACCGCCUUUACUGAGGGUGUGGACUUUGAAUUUACCCGAGAAUCCAUUAAACUUAAUCAUAUCUAUAUGCUUAUCAGCUGGCGCAAAGCGAAUGGAUCCUUUGAAUUUACUGAUAAAUUAGCGCGUUUCUUUAAUUAUAAAUCAGUCGAUGAAUUGAAAGAAGCUUUGUGUUGGAAACACUAUAAUGAAUGGAAGCAAAUUAUCUCGAACAGUGAUGAGUGGAUCAUCAAGGAAAUUAACGACAUUAAUACCGAGGAUCGGUUAUAUGACUUAUGUAGAACAUUCAUUAUUGAACGCUUUAAAAUUAAAACGUUUGAAAAAGAACAAGUAGAAAUCAUAAGUCCUGACAAUGAUGGUUGUGUUGCUCUAAAUGAAAAGAUCGCCGAUUACUAUGGCUUCAAAAGUGUUGAUGAAUUUUUACAACACUUGCAAAAAUACUUUAAUGCAGAGCUUGCUGUUGAUUAUCGACAGGAAUGGAUCACUAAUUAUGAGAAAUCAUCCAAUUGGUUAACAAGACAAUACAAUGGAGAUAUUGCUCUCGAGAAUGAAAUCAUGGAUUGCGCCAAGAAGUUCAUUGUUUCAAGAUAUGAAGUCGACAAUGAAGCUAUUGAAGCCGAUAAUGGAUUCAUCUCAAUAAUUAAGAACAGAGAUGCUGUAAUAAAAGUAGAGAGAGAGAGGGAGGCAAAAAAAGAACCUGUGAUGAAAAAAUCAAAAGAAGGCUUAAAAGAGUUAGAAGAGUUUGAAAAGUUAGAGGAGUCAGAAAAGUCAAAAAAAGUAGAAGAAUCAAGAAAGCUAAAAAAGGUAGAAGAGUUUAACAAGUCAAUGGAACCUAAGGAAAACAAAGAACAUACAGUAGGGUCAUAUACCUGGGUUAUUAGAAAUACAACUACUAUAAGUGAUAGAAAUAUAACUGACUUAAAAGUUCGUUUUGAGUCUAAUAAGGAGGAAACUGAUAGAGAUAAAGAAGAAACUACCAGCCAAGUACUAAAAGACAUAAUAUCUACUAAGGAAGAAUUAAAAGAUAUAGUAAAAGAUCAAAUUAAUGAAGCGUUAAAAGAUCCAAUAGAUAAAUUUAACAAAGUAACUGAAUUUAUCGAAAACUUUAUUAAAGACUCAGCUGAAGAAUCUACUAAGGAAGCAUUAAAAGAUAUAGGUAAUAUCUAA